GCUGCAGAAGAGAAAACCCCAAGAUGUGCUGGAUGCAUGCAGCGUGCCAAGAAAACUUUCAAAACUAAAAAACGAGUGUCCCUCAAAAUUGCAAGUGCUCAGUGGUCUGAUAAGUUCUCAUUGGAUACUGUAGGUAGCCAUGGAAACAUUUCAUGUGUGAACAACACCAAAGGACACAAAUUACAGGUUGGUGUCAAGAUAACCCUAGUAUCAUCAGGUCUAACCAAAAUUGUGACUUUUACACCAUUCUACCUGUUGAUCAACGCUUCGACCAUUCACCUGAGUGUCAGGGAGCACAACAUGAAUGAAUGGAUUCAUUUAUCCCCUGAUCAAUGUAAGAGCUUUUACCCCAAGUCUGUGGAGAAGGAUAUUAAAGUUGUUGCUAAAGUCAAAGAGAGCCUCAAUGAGACCGUGCCAUUCUUUGUCAACAAAAACCACACCACGUUGCUGAGACUGAAUGAUAAGUUUGGUGGUAUCAAUGCUGAAUGUCAAGUCACUGAAUCCACAACGAUCACCAUCUUGAAAACAUACAAACCAGGAAUGGCCACCGGCCUGUUGGUCAACUGCUUGUCUAAAACUACACUAACAGUCAAACAGCUUGGACCAUCAUCAGAAGUCCAUGUUCUAGAGCCCAACACGUCAGAGUUGUACACAUGGACUGACCCAACAGUCAAGAGGCAGGUGACCUGGACAUGUGGAAACAAAAAAAACAUCAGAAGUACCUUGGAUCGGGACAAGAUAGAAGGGUUUGUUAUGCAAAAUGGUGUCAAGUUCUAUUUUGUUUCCUUCUUGGAUGGCAUGCAAAGAGUGAUCAUGUUUACAGAAGAUGUAACAACAGCCACACUGGCUCUGGAGGCUGGCGAGCUGGAACAAGCAGACCAGGAGAUCAACAUCAAGAUCUGUGAAGUUGGCUUUUCUCUGGUCAACAAUGAGAAGCUGAUGGAAGUUGUCUACAUGGGCAUUACAAGCUCUGGAGUUAUCUGGGAACAGAAAAGGGCAAGUUUCAAGAUAAUAAAGGCUAGGGAAGCAGAGAAUGUGGAAAAGUUCUAUCAGAAGUUUAAGAAGGAUGAUGAUGUUACUAAAUCAACAACCUCUCUUGCUAAACUUGACAAUAAUGUAGAGGUUGAUUUUAAAAAUAUGCAAAUCUGUAAGCCCUACACUGCAAACAUCAGACGCAGUUUUGAAGACGGGAUCUGGAUACAAAUCCGCAAAUCACCACAUUCAAUGCAGUUUCAUGCCAAAAUCAACCGACUGCAGAUUAAAGUAGAAUAUAUUGCAACCAUCCUCUCUCCGAUGCCUCUCCCCAAGUCGGUCACUUUAAGCAAUGUGCCGGUGCCAUUUAUUGAACUGUGUUUGAUUACUAGAAUCCAUAGACACAGCAGUCUGCAGCAGAUCAAAUAUUUCAAGGUCCUCAUUCAGGAGAUCAAUAUCAAAAUAGAUCAGAGUUUUAUCAAUGGCAUUCUGACCAUGUUUGCUACUGAUGUCAACACACUCAGGGAGAGAGAGCUGACGCAGUUCAAGGAAGAUGUAGCGCUGACCACCAGGGAUUUAAAGGAAGAGGCUGGUAUCUCCAUGCAUUCCAUGAGGGUCAGCUUCUUUGACUAUUUCCACAUCUCCCCAAUUAAGAUCAACUUCAGCUUUUCCCUGCAAGGAGGCAAACUGAGUGAUCGAGUUCAUUCGAGUGUCAUGGGCAUCUUUCUGCAGAGUGUGGGAGUUGUGCUGACAGAUGUUCAUGAUGUAGUGUUCAAACUUGGAUAUUUUGAAAAGAACUAUUCAUUCUGUGACAACUCUAAACUGACCAAGGAAUUUAUCAUACACUACACUGGCCAGGCUGUGAAACAGAUGUAUGUUCUGGUGCUAGGACUUGAUGUGCUGGGCAACCCAUUUGGACUGUUACGUGGUUUAACUGAGGGGAUUGAGGACCUAUUCUACGAGCCUUACCAG